UAGUCGGAACUCGGAAAGUUGGGUCGGAAGUUCUACAAGUCAUAAGUGUCAUGUAUUGAUAUUUUUGUAAAUGCUGUUGUCAUUUGCCCUUCAAGAAAGAAUUAAGAAAAUACUUCGGAAGUUAUUUCAGACAGCUCUUUCUUUGUUCCAAAAUUAUGAACCGUAAUUAAAAUAGCAUUUUCAUUAAGUCACGGUUUUAAAUGAUAUAGGUGUUUGAUCAGAGUUUUUAUCAGCCGUCGUAGUUGAUGCUCGCGUGCGUAGUUAGUGAGCAUAUCACAGAGCAUAUAUCUUUAAAUUACUAAUAAUUAUCAUUGUGGUCUCAAAAUGUCUCCGAUGCAGUACUUGUUCAGUGUUAUUCUUUUUUAUUUGUUGGUAAUAUCAAAUAAUGUGCACAGUCAAGAUGUAUGUGUCAAAAAGGGUCCGUGUAAAUGCGAAUUUUCGAAUGGCACUGGUAUCGACUUAGCGGCUGCAGCAAAGGCUACGUUUUACACCACCCAAACGUUUGAACUCCAGAUGGGUGGUGCUGAAUAUGUCCUUAGUACAUAUUACUACCAUCCUUGUUUCGAUGUUACACCUAGUGUAAAUAGUACAAAACCCGGCGGUUGCGACAGUCCUUUGUCGUUGUGCCGCCAUGUGGAUAGGUUUACCUUGAAUAUGACAACCAAAACAUUUGUAGCAGAUGGGGGUAUAUAUGAAAAAAUGGGCGUUACCAACUUAUCUGAUUUCAGUUCCGAUGGAAAGUCAAUAAUUUAUACCAAUUUACCAUCCUCAACAAUUGUUAUGCUAGUCUGUGCCCAAUCUGAAGGAGAACUAAAUGUCUACUCAUUAGCAGAACCUAAUAAAAUCGUACUCUCCUUUUACACAAGACAUGCAUGUUUAACAUUGAUAGAAGAAGCGGGGAGGUCCUUGGGGUCAACUCUGUUAAUUAUAUUCUUUUCCUGCAUCAUCUUCUACCUGGUCCUCGGAGUUUGUACCAAGAAAUUCUUGAUGGGAGCUACAGGUUUAGAAGUAGUGCCGAACCUUAAUUUUUGGAUGGAUUUGCCUAAUCUUGUUAAGGAUGGUUGGGUAUUCGCAAUCAACGGCUUCAAGUUGCCCACGCGCGGGGCUGGGCCCGUGACUUCACCGGACCCCAACAGCUACGAUAGCAUAUAACAUCAGGACCUCACUGAGGGCCAACUGGUACUCAUCGAGUAGACUGGACUGAUACUGAUACUGUGUGAUAUACGGUGAAUAUUCUUAGUACUGUGUCGGUAUGUGGGAGUGAACUAUCGUCCUUGGUCAUAUAUUUAGUGACUGUAUAUUGAAUAUUGAUAUUAUUGUUUUUUUUUAUAAAUGUUCUAUGUGCUCGCGUCGGCUCCGCUUGGGUUAUCUUUGUAAUUUGUUAAAAUUUUACAGUUAUUAUCCUAAACCAAGUGGAGAAAAAUCCAACUGUUCAAAAAAUUAUUAACAUCUAAUUUUUAGUUUUAUAGCAUUGAAAUGCUUUAUAAAUGAGAAAUUUUGAAAGAAUAGAAAAAAUUCGAUUACGAGGCAGGAUUCGAACCUGCGUUUCUUGCCUAACCGCAGCAACGCCUAGCCUCUCGGCCACCCGGUUAUUAACAUCUGUUCAGCCAUUUUUGAUUUAUUAGUAGUUUAACAAAGUCUACUUAUAUAUGUUAUAGGGAUAAAUGAAUUUGUUAAAAUGAUUUGGCAAUUAAUAGCGGGCAAAUAGAUAAUUUAUUUAGAGGAUUUAAUUAGAGAUUUUUUUCAAUACUAUGAUUGAAAGGCGACAGUAGUUCAGUUCCACGCAGCUAAAUGCAUUGAAAGACAUUUUAACUUCGUAAUAGUAUUUAUUUUUAAACUCAUUGUAAAGACCAUGAACUCCAUUGUUAGUAAUUAUAAUUUUUAUCAUUGUGAUUAUAUUUGAUAUUAAUAAAAUGCUUAAAUUAACGUAGUUGAACUCCUCAGAUUGUUAUAAAAAGACAUUUUUCGUACAUACUGAUAUUAUACUCCAUACUAAGAAUUAUUUACUUUGACUUGUUGAGCUGAGUUUUUAUAAGAUUUUUUUGUUCGUCCAACCGUCACUAGUCUAGUUAUGCAUAUUAGGAUAUCACCUCAAUAUACCAUGUAUAGAUUAAUCAUUUCACUGUAGGUAGGUUUAAUUGUUGGUUUAGUUAUUCAGUUAAGUUUCCAUCUUGAGUGCAAUGAAAAUAUAUAAUAAAUCACUAUGUUUUUUUUAUAUUCUAUAAAUAUAAAUAACUUUAAUGACUAAACCAUACCUAUUUAUAAGAAGCUCUUUUAAUAUAUGUAUGCUGUGUGGUGUAAAAAUUGUAAACACCUCAUAUAAAACAGUUUAUUACUUGCCUACACAUAAAGAUGGUUUUUUACUGUGUUUUGUAACAGUUUAUUAAUUUACGGUUAAUUGCCACUGUUUUGCUCAAAAUUUUUGGUAAAUAUUUAUUUUUAAACACGAUUUGUACAACUUUUAAGCUUCGCAUACUGUGUAUUACUAUAGAAUAUAAUGACAUAUUCUAGUUGUUUAAGAAAAUUCUCGGCAGAUUAAUUAACAAAAAUAAUAAAUAUUUAUAUAUGGAUAUUAACCUUUAGGUAUGUACGUAAAAUAAAUAUAUUUUAUUAAAUAUAUACUUAACUGAUACCCCAGAUAAUAUAAAUUUACGUAAGGCCUUAAUGUGAUCUAGCUCUAUGUAUGCUUUGUAAUAACCAUUGUGAAUCACAUUCCUUCAAAUAUAGAUUGCAAUUUUUUUACAAGUAAAAAUAAAAAUUAUAGUAUAUAAAAUAUAAGUAUAAUAUUAAAGUUAGGAAAAUUAUUGAUAACACAUUAUUAUGACCUAUUUGUGUCAUAAGCAUUCGUUUUAAUAACCUAUUGUAAAUUGGGUUUAAUUAACAUAAAAAAAUCAAAAUAUAUUCAUAAAUACACUUGCCAUUUGAUUUGAUUAUAUCGAACUAUUUGUGCCAAUUGAAAAGAUGUAUAUUUGUUGAAAAAUUAAUAUAAUUUCGUUAAUACAUACCUAUCCAUGCAUAUUAGUUAAGUGUCAAAGGAGAUGUUUUACAAUUGGGGCUUAAAAUAUAUCAGAAUGUAUUGUAAUUGAUACUAGAGCAUUAAAUUUUUUCGUAAAAUUAAAUUUCCCGCCUAUGUUUUUUUGUGUUGCCAAUAAAAAAAUGCACGUAUACUGUCUGGAUAAAUUUGGAAACAUCUCCUUUGAAAAAUAUGUUUUCUUAUACUAUUGUCUACUCUUAUGUACUCAUAUUACCUUUCAAUAUACCGUUUUUACACAUAUCCCUAUAGUUUUCUCCUUUUUUAUUGUGCGUGUUUGUAUUACAAAAAAAAAAAAAAAAAA